GUAAUGCAGGUUUCAAUCAUUGUCUAAGGAAGCUCAGCAGUUCCACUGAAGCCAAGAAAUUUGAUUUUACGGACCUCACGUGCCCACACGCAUGGUAUCCUACUGCUCGACGGAAGAAAAGGAAUGUAAUAUUACAUGUGGGUCCCACUAAUAGUGGUAAAACGUAUCAUGCCCUGAAACGAUUAGAGUCAAGUUCUUCGG